AUGCGUUUGCGUCUGGAUCUCCAAGACCAUUCUCGAAAGUUCAAAAUCAAGCUCAAAGAAAAAGAAGAAUUGAUCAAAUCUAUUUACUCUGAAGCUACUGAACAAGGUCUGCUGAUUGAUUCUCUGGACACCUCCUUGAUGGAAGCAAACAAGCGGUUGCAGCAGUUGGAAUCUGAUUACAAACAGCAAACUGCAGAGAGCACCAGCUUGGCUAUGAAGCUUGAACAGGUGGCACAAGAGAAGGCAACUUUGAUAGAAGAUCAUAAGGAAAAGGAUGUUUUGAUUCAAAUGCUAAAUGAAGCUCGACUUGAUGGUGAGAAGGUCAUUAAAGAACUGACUAAGCCCAAGCAAGAAACCAAUCGUCAAAAGAUUUUGCGGCGUUACAAACAGAUGCAAGCGGAAGAAGGCGUCUCAAGUCUAGAUACAUACAUGGAACCCUUUGUGUUGGAUCUUCAACAAGCUCAAACCGAAUAUCAAUUAGCACGCAAGAACCUUCGUUUGGCAAAAGCUAGAGAGCGACUGAUUCGGCCCAGAGAAUAA